AUGGCCCACACCCUCGGUCAUGGAAUCGGGUGUCUCUGCCAGACUCUGUCUCUACGCAGCGAAGAUUAUGCAGGAGCGGAGUCAAAGAUCCAGAGUGGGAUGUGCAACAUGGAGAAGCACGGGAAACGGGGAAGGCUAUGGAGACGCUUGCAGCUUGCCUCAGUUGAGGUUGCUCUGGGAAAGGGAGCGCUCGAGGAUGCAGAAAAGCAACUUCAGCUGAUCGGCAUUGCGCCACCUGUUCAGGACAUCACCGACGAGCUGCUGCAUGUCCGCAGCAUUAUGGCAAAUGCUCCUCAUGCCCAAGUCUCGCUAGAGAACGACUUGGCUGGUCAGAAAUCCUACGAAGCUGCAGUGAGGAUACUCAAGACCGAGAGACCUGACUACUGGAUCCCAGUGGUCGCCACGAUAUGGCUGUUGAAGAUCGCGAAGGAUCUCCGGUCUUGGAAGGGCUGGCCGAUACGCUGUCUUCCAUCUUAA